AUGGAUAACCAAAGGUCCAUUUCUCUGCUUCAGUUCAUGGCUGAUGAAGGUCUUGUUCCAUCGCCAGAAGAGGAAGAGAAAAGGAAAUCUGCUAUUCAGAAGCUCAAACAGAUAGUCUCAUCAUGGAUCAAGAAGGUAGCAUGGCAGCAUCGACUGCCAAAGCACCAGAUCGCUGUUACUUCUGCCACCAUAUUGACAUAUGGAUCUUAUGGCCUUGGAGUUCACAGCUCAGAGUCUGACAUUGAUGCUUUGUGCGUUGCUCCUUUCUUUGCCACAAUUGCAGAAGACUUUUUUGUUGUGUUGCAUGACAUGCUUAAAAGGAGACCUGAAGUAUCAGAGAUUCUGUGUGUCAAGAGUGCAAAAGUCCCCUUAAUGCGUUUUAAAUUCGAUGGGAUUUCCAUUGAUCUUCCAUAUGCUCAGCUUAAAGUACUAUAUGUUCCUGAGAACGUUGACAUACUAAAUCCAUUCUUCAUGAGGAACAUUGAUGAUACCAGCUGGAAAAGCUUAUCUGGGGUGCGUGCAAACAAACGCAUUCUUCAGCUAGUCCCAAAUAUUCAGAAAUUUCAAUCUAUGGUACGAUGUCUUAAAUUAUGGGCAAAAAGAAGAGGAGUGUAUGGAACUUUGCUUGGUUACUUGGGAGGAGUUCACUUGGCAGUUCUUGCAGCUUAUGUUUGUCAAAGAUAUCCUGAUGUCACCUUAAAUGCUCUAAUUAUGAACUUUUUUCGAACAUUCGCAUAUUGGCCAUGGCCUACACCAGUGAUGCUGCAGGAAGGAAUGUUUCUAACAGCUAUAGAUGCUAUAGAAACACGUUCCUUCAUGCCCAUUCAGUUGCCAUCUACCCCUCAUCAGUAUUGUCAUUCAAAUAUAACUAAAAGCACAUUUUAUCGGAUCAGGACUGAGUUUUUCCGUGGCCAUAACAUGACAAGGGAUCUUUUGAGGCCAGAUUUUAUUUGGGACGAUGUAUUUGAGCCUUUUCCAUACUCAAAAAGAUACUCCCAAUUUGUCAAGAUUUACCUCUCUACUCUUGAACAGCAUGAGCUUGGAGACUGGGUUGGUUGGGUCAAGUCACGCUUUCGUGGUCUUCUUGGAAUGCUGGAGGGUAUCCAGGGAUUUUGUGACCCCAAUCCUACAGAAUAUGUUGAAGAUGAGAAAAGUGAGCCAAAUGUGGUUUUCUUCUGGGGGUUGCAACCUGGGAAGAAUGACUUGAUAGACAUUGAUUUGGUAGAGGGAGAGUUCAUGAAGAUUAUUGGCAAUGGCUAUGAAGGUUCUCAUGGGAAGAUGGAGUUGUCAGUCCUAUUAGCUUCUCAUUUGCCUAAGAAUGCUCAAGUUGAUGAUGGGACUGUUAAGGGUAGAAAAACAUGUUGGAAAAUAAUUGAUUAUGAUAAGAAAAGGAACAUGGUCUACUCACAGCAUCUUCCACAUUGCCUUAUUGGCCAUGUGUCACCUAGUGGUGAGGCUGAAUGCCUCAGUUCUAGUGGCUAG